AUGCAGUUCAAAAAAUCUAUCCAAAAGCUCCUCGCCCUCGCACUUGCUGCAAUCCUCGUCACCAAGGCACACCCAAUCGACUCGACUAUCGAAGAGAGGCAAAUCGACAUCCCGGCACUCCCCGCGCCCCCGGCACCCCCGGCGAUCCCGGCACUCCCAGCACUGCCUAUCCCGGAGCUCCCUAUUCCCUUAUUGCCCCGCGCUGACCCAGAGUGGCCCGCAUGGCCUCCCUUCGCUCCCUGGCCCGCGUUGGCAGCGUUCCCGCCUUUCCCAGCAUUGCCGGAGCUCCCUGCGCUCCCUGCGCUCCCGGCACUCCCGGCACGCCCGUAG